AUGGCGAUCUUCUCUACUGCCGGCGGGUGGCUUCAGGCUAAUUUGCCUGCCAUCUUCACCAUUCCCCUGCUUCUGCUUCUCUCUGGCCUAUUUUACCGGCCGGCCUUUCCAAAGGGGGCACCCAAGAGGAGUACCGAAGAUUGGCCCAUCUUCGGCUCCCCGCGGUUCUUCUCCGAACAUGGCGAUUUCAACCUCAGAGGUCUCGCCCGGACCGCCAUUAACAACUUCAGUUUCUAUCUUGGCAAGCACCAAGUCGUCAGCAUCGGUGCCAAAGGGCGGAUGACGUAUUUUGAUAGCAAUGCGCUGAAUGCUGGCGAAGGAUAUGCUACGCUAUUCACAGGCACCCCUCAAAGGCAGAGUCCGGCAAAGAAGGCGAGGGACAGUGGCGAAUACCAGUCCAAGUUCGGCAAAACCAUCAUCUUGCUCCUCAAGAAGACGUAUCUCUCUCGAAGAACCCCAGUCAUGGCUGCCGACGUGAGGGGCUCCAUGGAACGCCUUCUCACCAAGGCAGCACACUCAAGCGCCGUGAUGAAACCCUUCGAAGACAUCUACCGCAUUGUCUGGCAACAGACCAAUCGCCUAGUCGGCGCUGAUGAGGUUGCCAACUCGCCCGAGCAGCUAAACCGCGUCCUCUGCCUCUUCGAGGACAUCGCCGAGGGCGCAUCGCCCUUGCGUGUCAUGUUCCCGAUGAUUCCUACUUUACAACACGUCAAGAGAAUGGUUGCCGGUGCAAGGCUGCACGGCAUAUUGCAGGGGUUCGUGGACGGCCGCAGAGCUUCUGGAAGAAAGGAGGACGACGCUCUGCAGUUCUUGAUAGAUGCCGGGGAAAACCCGGCUGGCAUUACAGAAUUCAUCGCCGGUGGCCUCUUUGCGGGACAGCUCAACACCGGUGUUAAUGCCGCCUGGCUUCUAAUAUACCUCGCUACCAACGAGAAGUGGUACAAGGAAAUCCGAAAGGAGGUCGAAAGUGCUCUCUUGCGACACGGCGCCGACGAAGCAGGCGGAGCAAAGUCUGCCCUGGAGACCCUUUCUCGCUUCAGCUUGGAAGAUUGGACGGGCGAGUUCCCCAUGAUUGAUCUCUGUCUCAAGGAAACGAUUCGGUUCCAGCUUCCAGGCACUUUCUGCCGCAAGAACACGAGUGGAAAGCAUCUGCCCAUUUCUGGGAGUGACGAGAUCAUACCAAAGGAUGCCUACGUUCCACCGGCGAUUCAGGUUUUCCUCACUGACAACUGCCACUUCAACUCCGACAUCUACUCUAGGCCGCUGAGCUGGGACCCCGGUAGAUACUUAGAGGGUCGUGCCGAAGACAAGAAGGAGCCUCAUGCUUACCUCGGCUGGGGAGUUGGGAGGCAUUCUUGCUUGGGAAUGGUGGCAGCACAGAUGGAGGUUACAAUGGUUGUCGCCUUCUUCUUUGCGCUGUUUGAUUUUCAACUUUUAGAUGAUCAGGGAAAACAUACCAUACCGGACAGGAACCGAUUCGGGGCUGGAAGACCCAGAGAUUGGAACCCCAGGUUGCAGUACAAGUUGCGUUAUCCCGAGAAUGCAGUCAAGGCAUAA